AGAAAAAAGUAUAAAGAAUCAACAAGAGUCAAUUACGUCAAGUGGAGGUCAAAACAACGACGUACAUCCAGAAAGAUGGCAGGCUCUCUGUUGUGCGCAGUGCGCUUUCUAUUUUUAUUAUUUAUUAAUUUGAUCCUUAUAUUCUCUUGUUCCGCGAACAAGCCAAUACAAAAUGUACCGGAGCCGUUAAUCCAAAGUGCCUUGAAUUCUUUGAACGAAGAUUCUCCGACCCAUCAUACGUACAAGGGUGGUAACCUGAUUAGUGCACAGAAAUUGGAUUUGUCACCAUAUAUAAUAUAUAGGCUUACGUUUGAUUUGACUCCCAUAUGUAAGGAAGCAUUGGAACCUUGUCCCAGAGAAGCAUGUACUGUCGAAGUAAAACAACACGAACAGGGAGACAUAAUGGUUUUAAAAGAAUCUAUACAAUGCAUGUAUUUGUAUCCUCAAUCGACGCAAUACGAUUCGCUGCAAGGGCAAGAAAAUAAUCAAGAACAAGAGAUUAUUGAAAAUUUAGACAAACAAAUGGUUAGUAACCAAAGUGUCGAACUAGAUCAUGAGAUUCAGAAGACCGGAGAUCAUAACGAUAGACCGUUUAUAGCUAUGAGGGCUUCUACUCCCAAUUAUUGUCCAGGAUGUCCGUACGAACUAAACCCAAAUUUACCUGGAUUAGCUGUGUUCGGAGAACAAGUUGCAAAAUUGAUGGAUGAAUCGAUACCGAAUGACUUUAAACACAAAAUGAUCGAUGUUAUCAAAGUAACGCGGGUUGUACCAAUUUCGUCUAACAUAAUACGAUAUCAACUGUUAUUACGCAUGGGGGAAACCAAUUGUUUAAAAAAUGCGAUAGAUCAGUCUGAAUGCUCUGUGCAAGAAAAUCUUCCUACUAAUAUAUGCUUAGUAACGUUUGAAGAACAACCUUGGCAACAAUCUAGUCGUGUAAUAACAAAGAAGGAUUGUAUAAUAGAACGUAAUAGUAGUUUGCCUUCGAUGUUGAAUGCAGAAGCACUUGUAACACCUGCAUCUAACAAAAAAGAAAUGAAUUUUGAAAAGUUUGAGGCUUUAAAAAAUUCAAGGGAUAUUCUUACUAAUGUUACUUAUACUGUAACUGUAAGAUUGGAAGAGCAGCCGCAAUCAGAAGUAACGGAACGUCUUAUUGUCAAGUUUCACAUAAACAACAGCACUGAUGAUACAAAACCUCAAGGAUUUGAAGACAAGGCUAAAGACUUUAAUGAAUUUCUAAAAGAUUUUAAUUUACUUACGAGAAAAGCUGAAUCAAAUCCAGAAAUAAAUAAAGAAGAAGUUAAAGAAGACAUAAUUUUGCCGAAAAAAGUAUCCAUCGAUACUACAACCAACGAAUCACGUGAAUUAUAUAGGAACAAACGACAAUCUAAACUUGUUGGUGCACCUGCUGACCAAGAUGUUAAUGAUCCUGAAAUACAGGAAGCUGUUAACAAAGCAUUGCAGAAAUAUUCACAAUAUUCUGAAGAUGCGAAUGAACCUAUGAUAGUAGAAAUCGUGCAGGCUUCGAAACAAGUGGUGUCAGGGAGUUUGUACAAAAUUACAGCUAAAUUGGGCACAAGUACUUGCCCAAAGGGUACUAAAAAUAAUUGUCAGUUAAAAGAUGGAAGUGAAGUCAAGGAAUGUAUGUUUUCGAUAUGGUCGCGGCCAUGGAUAGAUAGAGGGUAUCCGGAAAUUACAAUGAAUUGUGAUUUAAACAGAACAAAGCGGUCCUUACGAGGUAAUCGAUACAGUCAAAAAAUGUUGGAAAUAGCUGAAGAUAUCAAAGACGAGACUAUGUUUGAAAGUUUCAUCAAAGAGUAUGGUAAAACAUAUGAUUCGGCUCAGACGAAACAAGAUCGUUUCAAAAUUUUUAAGAAGAAUCUAAAGGUUAUCGAAGAAUUACAAAAUUUCGAACAGGGAACAGCCAAGUAUGGUGUUACAAUGUUCGCAGAUUUAACACCCAAAGAAUUCAAAGAACGUUACUUAGGCUUUCGACCCGAGUUGAGACACGAAAAUGAUAUACCUUUCUCAGAGGCUGAGAUACCGGACGUUGAUUUGCCACCGAAAUUCGAUUGGCGUGAUCAUGGCGUGGUCACGCCUGUUAAAGAUCAAGGUCAGUGUGGAUCGUGUUGGGCAUUUUCAGUUACAGGAAAUAUAGAAGGACAGUAUGCAAUUCGACACAAUAAAUUGUUAUCAUUGUCUGAACAAGAACUGGUAGAUUGUGAUUCAUUGGACGAAGGAUGCAACGGAGGUUAUAUGUAUAAUGCAUACAGAAGCAUAGAAAGAUUAGGCGGUCUUGAAUUGGAAACGGAUUAUCCAUACGAUGCCAAAACGGAAAAGUGCCACUUCGUUCAAACUAAAUCUAGGGUACAAAUAGACUCGGCUGUAAAUAUUACAUCGAACGAAACAAAAAUGGCACAAUGGCUAGUAACGAAUGGUCCCAUUUCUGUUGCUAUUAACGCCAAUGCCAUGCAAUUUUAUAUAAAGGGAGUUUCGCAUCCAUUCAAGUUUUUAUGUAGCCCCGAUAAUUUAGAUCACGGCGUUCUAAUUGUGGGAUAUGCUACGAGCAAGUAUCCCAUAUUCAAGAAAACAUUACCAUACUGGAUAAUAAAGAAUAGUUGGGGCCCAAGAUGGGGCGAACAAGGCUAUUAUAGAGUAUUUAGAGGAGACGGUACCUGCGGAGUUAAUCAAAUGGCUUCAAGUGCUAUAAUUACAAACUAAAGUUAUUCGUAAAACUAAUGUCUUUCAUAAUAAUAUCCAACUUGUAUCGAAUGAAAUAUUUUUUGUUACUAAUGCAAUAUGCAUGUUAUAUAAAUUUUGUCGCUUAGAUUACAGAGAAUUUUUUACGAAUAUUUCUAAUUAACAACAAAUGCUCUAUCUCGUAUGCCAAGUCGCAAGCUCGCAAUAGUUCCACGUUUAUAAUUAUAUAGAGAAUUGUACUAAUAAUGUUUUCAUGAUAAAAAGAAGUACUUGUUACAA